AACGUUUGAGUCAGUGUAUUUGAUAUAGCCAGGGAGGCAAGAGCAGCACGGGACUACGCAAAACAAAUCACAGAGAUUUGGACAAAUUUUCGAAUCCUGAUAUCUGGAGACUAACCACACCGGACAGACUAUUCCAAAGAUAGCUUCGAUUAGAAACGCUAAGAAACGUUUGAGAAAAGGAGAACAUUAUACCAAUAUAGCCACGUUGCCUAUAUAUACUACGGUCAAGUUCAACAUGUCAUUCACCGUAGAUAGAAUAAUGGGCUCGACUCUACAGGAGCGUAAACCGGUCGUGGUGAAAAAGACUGAAAUACCCGUUGAAAAUCGAGUGCCGCUCCUGAGCGGAGGGGUGAAGACAGAACCACGAGGUGACAGAAUCGAAAGCGACGAAGAUGAAGAUUUAGCCAAAGAACGGUUAUUGGCCAUAGAGCAUUCCAGUUCACCUGGCAGAGAAUCACCCACAAAAUCCGAAAAAUCGCCCUCAAAAGACGAUAGACACGUCGAGACCUUUGUCGCAGUGAUAGCUCAAGCAAUUUUGAGUGCGCCCGGGAAACGCAUGACUCUGAGUUCAAUCUACAACUACAUCGCAAGCAACUAUUCUCAUUUCAACCGCGAGAAAGGUCCAGGAUGGCGAAACAGCGUACGGCAUAACCUCUCCAGUAAUGAUUGCUUCGUGAAAGCGGUACGGGCCGAGAACGGAAAGGGACAUUACUGGAUGGUCCACCCAAAAGAUCUUUCCGAAUUCUCGAAAGGUAACUUUCGUCGACGUAGAAAGCCACGACGACCAAGAUGUCACCACGCAGUCAUGUUCAACGGCAGCAGCGAGAACACGUACUUUUAUCACGCCCUGUCCGCCGCCAGUAUCCCCCUCUCAAUACAAACAAAUCAGGAUCGCACAUUGAACACUUCACCAGUAACGUUCAGUUUUGUCGAUAACGGGAAGCUUCCUUUGGUUGGCCAUUACGACAGACCGCAGUAUUUAGAUAUGAGUAGAGCUGGAUUGACGGUACCUUCCUCACUGCUUUGGCCAAGUGAAAUCACCGCGCGGACGUUUCCAAAAUUUGCAAGCAGUGCGGGAUCGCUGAACUUUCACCAAUUCUGUGCGUGUCAUUCACCUGGGCUUCAAUGUUACUACCACAAAUGUUGAUCACCGAAUCAGCAAUGAACUGAGUUGGUAUGCAUGUAAAUAAAACCUCAAUGUAAAUAUAAAUGAACUAUAGUGAACUCUGAACUGCAUGUAUCUUUGAAAUCAUCGUGAAAUGGCUGCUCUAUACGUUUCCGGACGUUCGUUGCGAGAAAUUAGCGAAUAACAAGUUGUCUGGGUCCAUGCUAAACAUGCAAAUACGAACUUUUGGUGUGAACCGUGUGAUAGUCUUAUAGGAGACAACGUUAAUCGGUUUUGCGUUAAAUUUGCCGGUCAAAUUUGAUACAAAAUCCAAUAAAUGAAACAUUAGCAUUUCAUUUUAGAACAGGUUUGAUGGUGAGUGCAACCUAAAUAUACCGAGGAAGACAAACUGAAGAGUGAAUUACAACGUCCUGUACGUUGGCCCCAUUUGUCGUCACAAAGAACAACAAUUUAAGUUUAUAAUAACAACAAAAUUACAAACGCGUAAAUGCAUGAACUUAGCUAGCUUUCCUGAUAUUCAAUGUAACAUAUUAGACCUACCCAAUAUUCAAGCGAUUUAUUCGGCAAAGCGAUAAAGAACUCGAAUCAUCACAUCACUGCGGCACGUAAUUAUUUAUUUUCCUAAUUAUUAUACAUUUCAUUUCAUUUACGUUGAAAAAGUAUUGCCAUAUAGAUUCUAAAACUCGAGACAAGCGAAGGGUUAUUUCAUAUGAAGAUUUUAAACGCAGCGCCGAUGAUUUCAUUGUGAUGAGAAAACUAAACAGUUUUGUGAGACCUAUAUAUAUAGCAACCUGAUUUCUGAGUAUUUUUCACCGCAUGAAUAAUUACUCUACCAUGAAAAGUUCAAAAAUUUAAAUACAAAAUACUGAAAGAAGGCAAAGCUAUCGCGGACACCGAAUAAACAACAUCGUUUUGGAUUUUCACCAAAUAACCGUAAAGUAAUAAUAAAACCGCCGUUUUAGUGGAUGUUUUGGCGUUUAAAGUUUAAAGUUUUAAAAUAUGUGUAAAUAGUCAAUAGGACUAAGUAAAAUGAUGAUCUAUUUAA